GGCGAUGGGGCUGGAGGAUGGACUUCAGUCCUUGCAUACACUUUUAGAACCUGGAAAUGAACAAGCCAAUCGAGAGCAGAUUGAAAUUAUUGUAGAAGACAUAAAGCAAAAUUUUCAACAAGACAUUGCAUGCAAUAAAAUAGACUUUGUGUGCUCCCAAAUUUUUGAUAAAGAAAAAGGUUUGUUGAGUUUCCUGCAGAAAAUAGCUGGAAUCAAGGAGCUUAAAAAUGGCAAGACCACAGCUCUCAUUCUUCUCUCAGAACUUGUACAGAAGGUUGGCAAAAAAGUCUUGCCAUAUGCCAUUGAUAUUAAGGAAGCUUGCCUCUCAGUCUACAGCAGAGAUGAUUAUGCCAAGGUCAAGGUGGCAGCAAUACCUGUACUCAUCAAGCUCCUGGAGCUAACAGCUGGGUCUACUGUGGGUCAGGAGCUGAACAUUGACAAGUUGAUUAAAAAGUUUAUUUUGGAGCUGACCAAGACAUCAAAGCUCAGUGCUACUGUAAAAGCCAGCAUCUACCAUCUUCUGGGUGUAACAGCUGAGGUAUUCCCUGAAGUCAUGGCUCCCUAUUCUGAGAGGUUGGCUAACCUCUAUGUUGGUGCUUUAAAAGCUGAGAUGUCAUCCAAGUCGAAGAAGGCAGAGAUGUCAGUGGUUGCAGGCUGUCUGGAUGGCCUCACAGCUUUCAUGUUCCAUUUUAAUCAGUCGGCUGAAGAAGAGUCCAAAAACUCAUAUGAGAUCUUUAAAUACUUGAGGAUGGCGUUAGAUCCGAACAUUGACUACACAAGAUACGAUGUCCCUAAAGCUGGUCUUAAGCUCAUCACUCGCCACGCGGGGCAGUUUAGACAGUUCCUGCUGGAUGAGUACAAGCCCAUGUACGAAAAGUUGCAGAAGUGGAGUCACCACCCAAACAGGGAAGUCCUACAUCUAGGGCUGGGGGCUCUAGAGGCCUUUACCAAAGAGAUAUCUGAAGGGCUAGUUGACCGAGCCAGAGAGGGCCAUAAAGAAGGGGCCAUUUUCAAGUUUUUCUUGCUGGAGUACCGCCACAUCAUGAAUGACAAGUUCUCUUCCUCUAAAGAAAUUGCCAUGGCGAUCAAAGGUUACGGACUUUUGGCUGCUCCAUGUCGGACAUAUUUAUCUGAAUCAGACACCCAGUUUAUGUUUGGUGAAAUGGUCAGCAAGUGUGAACAUCAAUUCUUUGGCAACGUUGAGGAUCUAGAGGAGAAGUUGAUAUCACUGCCCAGCUACUUGACAGCUCUAGCCAGCAUCAUCCUCCAAGUCGACUCAGUCUCCCUGCCAUAUGGGCUGGUCUUGGAGAGGCUGAUGGUCCUGUUGAUAGAGCACAUGCCCAAUGUUUACAGACCCCAGCAGGUCCAUUUCUACAAGGCCCUUCUGCUGCUUCUCUUGACUCUGUUGAGGAAAGGCAGCAUUUUCCACCAGACAUUGGCUUCUGUAGUUUACCAGGGCCUGAUCAGGACGUGUUCCCACCCUGUGUUGGCAGACGUGACGCAGGUGGAGGAGGAUGAAUCAGGUGUCAAGGUCAUCUCUUACAAGGACUACAUUAACCUGUGGACAGGACUUUUGAGCAGUGCACAGAUGAAGGACUCAACCGCUGCAGAGUUCACCAUAGGGGAGAGGACCAAGCUGACCGAGUCCAUCUACAGCGAGCUGAUGACAGCCAUUUUAAAAAUGUUGGCUAAGCUGGACUUUGAGACCAGGACAUCAGACACAGUGUCUGCUUCAGGUGAAGGUGGGGAGAACCUCUCAGCUGACCCAGUGUUUGGCAAUAUGGCAAACAGACCCAAAGACUUCCAGGUCUUUAUAAACCUGGUGGAUUUUUGCAGAGAGUUCCUGGAACUGGUACAGUGGCAACUAUUUGAAGGCUGGGUCUUCACGUUUGUCCAUUCACUCAUCAUCAUGUCAACCAGGUACCCUUUAGUCAGUGGCUUCUACAAGAUGCUGUCUAUGACUUUACACAUUGCCAGCAGGCUCAAGUACUUCAAGGAUUUCCAGACAGACAAUGCUGAGACUAAUUCAGUGAUAGCCAUGGAACUUGAUGAACACAGUGAGGAAAACUUGUCUGAAAAACAGGCAACUUACCAGCUGAUCAACAAGUUUUCUAAAGAGGUCCUGAUCAGGAUGAAGCAGUACAAAGAUGAACUUUUGGCUUCAUGUUUGACCUUGAUCUUGUCACUGCCUAAAGAAGUUAUUGCCAACCAGAUUUCACAAGUGGUGCCCGCUAUUCAGACCACUUUAACCCUAGGCCUGAGUUACCUUCCCCUGGCAAAUGUUGGGUUAGAUGCCCUUGAAUGCUGGUCUAAAGAGUUGUCUCCCACUUUGAUGAGAGCUCACUACCACGAGAUCCUGCCUUACCUGGAUGCUUACCUGAGGACAGCUGACACAGGUGCUGAUGAAGCUAGCACAGAGCCUGCUGUUGUCAUAGAGUCAAAGACUGCAGCCAAAGCCAAGGCCCCAGUUCGUCUUGUCAAGGAGAAAAAAUCUGCUGAGAUUGGCUCUGAAAGUCAGUUGACUAAAGUAAAACUUCGGAUUCUGCGUUAUUUGGGAUCACUUGGUGGCCAGAUAAACCACGCCUUGUUGGCCAAAGCUGAGGAAGACAUGAGCAAGGAGGCCAUCGCCUGGGACACCCAGAAACACCUCAAGUUUGCUGUACCAUUCUAUGACAUGAAGCCCGUCAUUUAUUUUGAUCCGUUCCUCCCACAUGUGGUACAACUGGCCCAGCAGGCCAGUGACAGACAGACCAAGGUGGCAGCUUGUGAACUUCUCCACUCCCUUGUCCUGUAUGCCCUGGGCAGAGGUGCCCAGAUGCCCGGGGAAACACAGAUAAAGAGUCCAAUGGAGCAGCUGUAUCGCAGGCUCUUUCCAGCUCUUCUGACUCUAGCAUGUGACGUUGAGCAGGUUUGUAAAGACCUGUUUGAGCCCCUGACCAUGCAGCUGAUCCACUGGUUCACCAACAACAAGAUGGCAGAAAGUCCAGAGACAAUGGCACUCUUGGACUCCAUUUUUGAUGGCCUUAUCCAGGCCAGCAACACAGCACUGCGAGACUUUAGUGCUAAAUGUCUGAAGGAAUUCCUCAAGUGGUCGCUCAAACAAAUCUCAAAAAAGGCAGCAGAGAAGAAUCCCAUCAAUGCCAAGUCUGUGUUGAAAAGGAUCUACAGCUACUCCCUCCAUCCCAACGCUUUUAAAAGACUUGGAGCUGCCCUGGCUUUUAACAAUAUCUACACAGUGUUCAGGGAAGAAGACACCCUUGUAGACAGGUUUACUUUUGAGGUUCUUGAACAUAUGGUGGAGAGUUUGUCCAUAGCUCAUGGAGAUGAUAAGUCUUUAGGUACACAGGAGCAGUGUGUUAGGGCUCUGGAACACCUUGAGCGGAUCAUCAAGGCAAAAGUUGAGAUUCUAAAGAAAGAUCCGGGGCCAAAGAUUCGACCUGAACCCAGGGCCUGGAGCAGCAGGAAACUGGAUGUUGCCGUGCGUUGGCUGACCAGACAGUGUGGGAACACGCAGACUGAGUGCAGGCACGCGUGCAUGAAGCUCGUCUACAGUCUCUGCACACUUUUACCAGGUGUCAAAAGUUCCAGUGAUUUCUUUGCCAUUAUUCUCAAAGCAGAAGGACCAGGAUAUUUUCUAAAGAGAUUUGAAGGCGGAGGUCAAGCAGUAAGUGAGAAGCAUGGGCUUCAGGCAUACCCGACCUUGACCCACAUGGAGCAGACGUUCAGUCUGUCUGUAGCCAGACAGUGGUUUGAGUUUCUUCUGGCAGCGCUGGACUGCUACUGUUGGUUGUUUGGUCAGAACUUGAUGGGGCCCUCACAGAUAUUUGAUGGGCAAGGCUCAGACCGCAGUUGUCUGUUUGAAAGUCUGAAUUACUUCUUGGAAAAGUUAGCCUUUUCCUCCAUUGGGGAUGCUGCCAAACUGUUUCCAUGGAAACACCCUACGGUCUUCACACCAUGGGAGAAGGAGGAAUAUAACAGGUUAAAGUGUACAGUUGUUAUCAGAGUUUGGAAUUUUCUGAAUGUCUUGUUGUUGAAAGAACCUAAGAUUGUACCAGCCCAGGUGUGGUGUGAGAACCUCUGGAGACUUGUGUGUGACUGUGUAGUCAAGCCCAGCGCUGUAGGCUUCAACAUGGCUGACACAGAGGUCAUGCUCAAGUUACCAUCUGAGUCAUGUGUUGUAGGCUUCAACAUGGCUGACACAGAGGUCAUGCUCAAGUUACCAUCUGAGAUGAGCCAGGUGUUAGAGUUGCUGAAGAAACAUUUGCCAGUAACAGAACGUGAGCAGAUGAAAAUGUGUUUGACAAGACAACUGGCGGGGGACUGUGACCUGGAGAAAUUGCUACCAAUCAGCUUGACCUCUCCUGAGACUGACCAUGUGAUGCUGCAGCAGAUGGUGGAGGGCUACAAACAGCUGGACAGUGCCAGACUUCUCACUGACCACUUGCGUUGUGGGGCAAACACAUCAAAGUUUUCCAAGGCACUCUUUGAUAAUGUCUUUGAGGGUGUGACUGCAGAGGGUGAAGAUCUGAGAUGUACCAGCCUGAGUCCACCCGCCCUCAAGCUGGCCCACUCCCUGCUCUCACUGGCACUGCAGCUGGGUGUGGCUCCUGAAGACUUGGUGGUCAAGCUGCUGGACAAAACCAAAGUCCAGGGGAUCUCAGCAGGGGUGAAUGUAGGUCGUGGUGAGCACUUCUUCUCUGUGAUGAAGUCCACUAUUGCAGCUCACCUUGUGAGGUCAGGUACAGGUGUUGUGAAGACUCUGAUGUCAGCUGCUGGCGGGGACCCCGGCUCUGUGGGGGUGGUGUUGGUGGCGUGUCUGGAGCACGUUGCUAAAGAUAGAGGCCUCAGGAAAAGGGAGGGCAUGAGCUUGUGUCAAACUGUGCUGAACAACUGGAGUUACCUGCAGAGCUGGUGGGACCAAGGGGCCACAUCUGAUUCAAAGAGCCUCAGUCUAUUAGUGCUGACAAAACUUCUUCUCAUAGACAGCACGUGUGCCACAGACACCAGCAACGAAAGUUUCCCCAUCUUGUUUGGGAUGUACCAGUCCAUGUUGAAAGACACAAGCACAACCAUGAACUUCAAGACGCAGGUGUUACGACUACUUCCCUUCUUUGCGACCCUGACAGGUGUACAUGAGGAAGAUCUCAGAGAUGCACUGAACAGGUUCAUAGCUGAUAAUUUUCCUCUGAAGAGUUCUGAGUUUCCAUCUGGUACCUCCAACCUGAAAGAUUACAUUGCAUCAAUAGAUAUGAUCCUGAAUGCCCUGGAAUUGACUGGCAGUUUGAUGCUGCUGGAGAUUUUGAUCAGCGUCUUCUGUAGAGAGCAACAUCACAUGCAUGAAGAUGCUAUCCAGUUGGCCAUCAACAGAUUUGUACAAAGACUCCCACCAGAUGCCCAUAGCCCAGCCCUAGACGUGCCACUGAGUAUUUUCACCAAAGAAGAAUCCUACCCUCCUGAUGUACGUAGAGCAGCUGUUGAAAGAGUCUGCUUGCCCAUGCUGCGUCUGCUGCCGGUGGCAACUGUCAGGGAGUUUUUCAAGCACCAAAUCCACAGGUUGACCAGUCACUUGGACGUCAAACUUAGUAAGAUAUGUGAGAAGGACCUUGAAUGCCAGUUGACCAACAAGAUCUGCUGCUUCCAACUGCUGGAGCUGAUGUAUGUGCGGCUGAGCAAGGACGAGGUCAACACUAAAGCAUCGGUGGUCAACAGGGAAUUUUGUCUUGGCAAGGAUGAGACAGGCAAGGAAAUGACACAGAAAAUUACAAAGUGUGCCAACGAUGCCAAAAGUGAAGACGUCCGAGGAGAGAGGAUGUGCCCAGACCUACGGCGCCAGUACCACUGCUACGCCUACAACCUCCUGAUGGCAAUCAUAUCCUGUGUGCAGACAGACAUCAAGUUUUACAAGGGCUUUUUGUUUCAAGACAAUAUUGCUAAGGGUCAGUUUUUACUAGAUAACAUCAUUGAUCAGGAAUUUGUUAAUGACUUUCAAGUGGAACUGCAGUCCCCCCAUGAGCGACGGCAGAAGUUUGUGGCCGUAAGAAGGCAGGAGAGUGAGAACCAGACGGAGGGAGGGUCAGUGGAGUCGAGUGUCUCCCCGUCCAUACACAUUGCCACACAGUACCUGGCUGACAGCAGUCUGAGUGAUGACCUCAACUUGUACGACUUCAACUUGUCCGCAGCUGCUCAGGGAGGGUCAUUUGGUCAGGCCAUGAAGAAAGUCCCCAGCCACUCUACUUCAGGGGAAACAACUAGAGCUGAGGCACCAGACAACUACGUGGAGCUGGAGAUGGACCAGCUGAACAAACACGAGUGUAUGGCCUCGCUGGUGGCCCUCAUACAGCAUAUGGUCAACAACAACAUCUCCCCCCAACUUUCAAAGGGAACAGUGCCAAAUGAGAUGCCACCUUGGAUGGUGUACCUACAUGAGAAAUUAUCCAAUGUUUCAACUCACAUCAGCGUCAAAAUUUUUGUGGCCAAACUGGUCAUGAACUGUGGUCAAAUCUUCCAGCCCUAUGCCAGGUUUUGGCUGCGUCCACUCUGUCAGCUGCUCCUGACCCCAGAGGUCAGUAGAGGGGGUCUCAAUUAUUUUGUUGUUGACCUCCUCAUCACCAUGGUGACAUGGCACACAACAGCAAUUCCUGCAGAGACAACUGAUGAGAGAGCCAUGGCGUCAUGUGUGGUGAGGUUCGUGAUUGAACACAUUUACCACCCUGUCCGAGCCAUCUUCAGGAACAAUCUGGAGCUGCUCAAAACUCUUUUAGACUGCUGGCGCCCCCGGGUGGAUCUCCCUUAUGACAUCAUCUACAACCUGCUGAGGGUGACAGAGCCUAAGGCCCAGCAGCCUUGUACAGGUGUUCAAGUGCUGGGUGUUGUGCUGGCAUCAAAACUUCCACCUUAUGGACCCUCCGCACCAGUUGACCAGGACAGGUACCUGAGUGUCCUAUGUGGACUGAUGAACCACAGCCUCAAGCUGGUCUAUGCUGCCACUGCUGAAGUUGUUGGUCUGAUCCUUCACCUGAAGGCCAGCACCCAGCAGGAGACUGAAGGAUUUUUCCAUGACACAGUGCAAACACAGCUCACUGGCCUGGCCAACUCCAAGCUUGACAACUUCAUCGUCUGCAUCCAUGGCAUCCACAAGAGUUACCCACCCCUGACACAAAGGUUCCUCAGGAAAUUGCUCUACCUUCUGCCCAAGCUGCACGGAGGUUUCAAGGCUCAGUGUCUGGAGGUGCUGCUGUGUCACAUGGACUCUCUGGAGGAUGUCUUCAUGGAAGUCAGCAGCAUGGGGGUCAACGACUUGCUCAAACACAGGGAUGAAGACAUACAGCUGAUCUCCCUGAAGAUAAUCAAGACAGUUGUGUCCAGGUUCAAAGGUCCAGAGUUGAUGUCCAUCCUUCCGUCCAUCACAGCUUUCUCUAGCCACAGCAGCUCAGCUUGUCGUAAAAUCAUGCUGGACAUUCUCAUGUGGAUUUACGACAACUACAGAGACUACCAAGAGCAGGACAGUGCACAGAUCAUGAUGUUAACUAAAGAAACUUUGCUGCUAGGUCUUUGUGAUCAGGACAUGGCCUGCAGGUUGAUCUGCCAGAACUUCUGGAGCAGCAACACCAGACUGCCAGAAGGGACGCUGGAGAGGACAGUGUCCAUGCUGGAGGCCAUGUACACCCCCCAGACAGAGCCCCACUACCUGGCCUACGCCACCAACCUGCUGAUGGAGGCCACAUCCAAGUCACCUGACUACCAGAGGGAAAUCUUUGAACACGCACUCAGUGACUGCACGUUUCGGGAUUAUUCCAUCGACUCGUCCUGGCGUCAGAGACAUGCCGUCAUGACGCCAUUAUUUGCCAGUACACAGGUCAGUCAGUCCAUGGAUGAAGGGACGGACAGUUUGGACGGUGGGGUCAGGGCCACCCAGGAUGUGCCGCAGUUCACACCAACUCUAGACGGAGCAGGAAGUGUCAAGGCCUUCAACUGGCUGACACAGAGCAGCUUUGACACGUUUACUGAGGCCAGCAGUAUAGGGGGCAGCACACAGCUGCUCUUCAGGCUGGCUGAGAACCCACUGAGGUCAGACAUCAAAGGUCAGAAGUCAGAGGUUGACAAGGGGCAAACUGUCAGGAAGACCAUGAGGCUGAAUACUUGGGCCUCAGGAGAUAGCAAACAGAAAGUAGAUGAACCUGAUGGUCAGCCUGAAUCUCUAAAUGACGUCUGGAGAUUGCGACGUAGGUUCAUGAAAGAUAAAACCUCUCAAAGUGUUUCAUUUGCACGGAGGAACAUUCGUUUGAAACAAUUAAGGGAGGAGGCUAUGAAAGAACAAAAGGCUCGCAGGGAGCACCAGGUGACCUUGUACAGAAAGUAUCGUAUUGGUGAGCUGCCAGACAUACAGAUCAAGUACCAGUACCUCAUUGCUCCACUGCAAGCCUUGGCUCAUCAUGACAGUGCAAUAGCCAGACUAUUGUUCAGUUCUCUGUUUCAAGCCAUAUUUAAGGAGAUGGACAAAUUAAAAACUCAGAGCGAGGUUGAAGUAUUGACUGACCAGAUCAACAUAAGUAUUGAGACAAUUCUUAAAGAAACAAUCCAUUUUUAUCCUCCAUUUAUGGCUUCUAUUUUUACCAUUAUCUAUGAACUGAGGUCUAGUCUUAAAGUUGCUGCCGGAGAUUUGGGAAUUUGCGCCAUCACCAGCAACCAACAGACAAUGGGAAUCAUGGUGCUGGAGGAGCAGCUGAUCCAAUCAGACACCAGACUAACAGCCUCGUCUAGCAAGAGGGCCAGGCAGCUCUCAGCUGCACAGUCUGCAGACACGACGCAGUGGAUACAGCUGUCUCGUUUGUACAAGUCCAUCCAUGAAUAUGACGUUAUUCAAGGAAUUUUUGCCAGUAAACUUGGCACUAAAGAUCUGACAAGAAAAGCUAUAGAAUGUGAGGCCAGGGGAGAUUUUAAAGCUGCCCAUCUUUUGUAUGAAGAGGCGCUGGGAAAACUCAACUGGUCUGAAGAUCCCCUGGAGGCAGAAGUUGAUUUCUGGAAUGAAAGUCGCAUGGAGUGUCUGGAUCACUUGGCCCAGUGGAAGGAUCUAGAAGUUGUCUCAUCUAAAGGAAUAGACAACUCAGACUCACCCAAUCUAGAAAGAGUGUGGGAGGAUGGCUUCUAUCAGGAGCAUUACCUCCCCUACAUGGUGCGCAGUAAACUGAAGUUGAUGUUGUCAGGAGACCCUAACCAGCAGCCCCUGCUGACUUUUGUUGAUGACUCCAUGAGGGACCCACACAGGAAACAGAUCUUACAGAGUCGCUACAGCACUGAACUGGCCCUAAUGUACCUGUGGCAGCAGUCAUAUGACAGGGCCAGGUAUUAUUCCAGCAUGGCAUAUGACAGCUUUUUACAGAGCUGGUCUAGCACCACCACCCUGAUGCUGCCCACAAGAGCCAACAACCUGCACAAGCUACAACCUCUGCUGGAACUUGACGAGUUCCUCGAUCACCUCAGCUCACAAGGUAAAACUCCAUCCAGCCUGAUCAAAGCCUGGGGCAGUAGAGUUCCUCACACUAUUCUGGACCCUGUCAUGGUCUGGGAUGAUGUUGUCACCAACAGGACUGUGUACCUGAACCAGCUGAUUGACGGGCUCUCAGAUCUAAACAACACAGACAAUGAAGAAAACCUCAGUGAAAAAAUGGAAGAAAUGAAAAUCUGGCUACGUCUCAAGAUGGCCGACAGUUGUAGGGAACAAGGGAUCUCUACCCUGACCCUCAGGAUCCUGCGGGACACACAGGGGCUGUGCAAGAAAGCCUCCAACAAAGCCCUGAUGAUUGAGUGGUCCCAUCUGUACACCACAGCUCACCAAACCAAGGCCUGUAACUCUGUCAAACCAUGGGCAGAUAACAUCUUCAGUGAUGUCCUCACUACGCUGGAUCUCCUCAACAAGACCCAGAGUGAGCCAGUGCUGAAAGAAAGGCCAGACCUGGGACUGCGCCACCACAUUUUGUCUGGCAAGAGUUACAGCAUCCUGGUCCAAGGUCUCUUUUCUCUGCCAGAGUUGUCUGCCCUGAGUGAAGGCACCAAGAAGAAAAUGGCGACUUUAGCUGGAACUGCAGACAUAGGGAGUCAGCUUGUGGGCCAACUGUUGUGUAAAGGCUUUGAAGCCAUGAAGUCAGCUGUAAGUCAGGAUGGUGAGCUUACAGCCCCACAGAUAGCCAGGCAGUCCAUGACAGCUGGGGAAGCAAAUCUGGAACUGGCUAAAUUCUGUGAUCAAGUCUUGCACAUGCAAGAGGACAUGGAACAAUUCCCAGAGAGCUGUGAUGUUGAUGCCUUCCCUGAGACUGUGGUUGUUUGUUUACUGAACGCCAUGCGAGGGGGCGGGGAGGAGGCCAGGGAGAGAUUCCCACGUCUGCUGCAGAUAGCUGAAAAUUUCCCACAAGUCCGAGGUGUUUUCCUUAAAAAAGUGUCAGAGGUCCCAUGCUGGAUGUUCUUGAUGUGGAUCAGUCAGAUGACCGCCCUGCUGGACAAGGACGUGGCGUGCAUCGUGGCCCCCCUCUUGAUGCGCAUAGCCACGGAAUACCCUCAGGCUUUAAUUUACCCCCUGCGUAUGAGCUGUGAAGGAUUUGUUUUAACAUCCGCACCACAAGAUAAAGGAAAGAAAGAAAUUAUUGAUAAACUGGUUACUCUGACAGACAAUCCGUUGGUCAACAAGUUUAUCCAGGCUCUAGAGCAGUUUGGUCAACCUGAUGUGAUUUUUGGGGAUUGGUGUAAAGAUGUGAAACAGCUGCUGACCCACCAGAGCAGCAGGAAAGAGCUAGAGAAGAAAUAUAAAGAGCUGUGUCAAGAUUUGCUAGACGUCCCAGCUGCCACCUCCAGCUCCUACAGCUCCACAGCUGUUGGUAUGGGGGAGUACAGGAAGAGAUUUGCUACUAACUUUAAAUCAGAGUUUGAAAAGAUUUUUGGCACCAGUGUGACUAAACUUUGUCAAAUGGACCCCAAGGAGUUUCAACAAGCUGAGACCAAGUUGAGAAACUGUUUGGCCAAACAGAGGGAGCCACCCACUAAAUUAAAGGAUUACUCCCCUUGGCUGGCUGAGUUUAACCACAACAAAUAUGGCGGGGACUUGGAGAUCCCAGGUCAGUACACCGGGCAGAGAAAGCCAACACCAGAGUACCACGUCAAGAUCUCUGGCUUUGAUGAGAGGGUCCUGGUGAUGUCAUCAUUGCGGAAGCCAAAGCGGAUGAUGAUCCGUGGCAAUGAUGAGCGUGACUAUCCGUACCUGGUGAAGAGUGGAGAGGACCUGAGGCUUGACCAGAGGAUUGAAACACUCUACUUCAUCAUGAACAAGGUCAUGAACUCUGACCCUGCCUGUAGACAGAGGAAGCUGCACCUGACGACCUAUCAGGUCAUUUCCAUGACACCCAGAGUUGGUCUGAUUGAGUGGAUGAGAGACACACAACCUUUGAAGAAUUUUUUACUCGAAUCCCUGACGGAUGAGGAACGCAAUUACCUGCUUUCUGAACAAGGGCCAAACAAACAAAACUUGAGAUGGCUGACAAAGCUGGUCAAUAAAGGGGACCAAGGAAGGUGGCAGAAAAUUUAUGACGAGCUUUAUGUCAAGUAUAGCCUGACUGAGACGGUCAGUGAAUUCAGACAGAAGGAGGGGAAAGUACCCUGGGACUUGUCAAGGCGUGCCAUACAUAAGAUGAGCACUUCCCCUGAGGCCUUUCAUGUCCUGCGCUCCAGCAUGUUGACAUCCCACGCUGUCAUCUGUAUCUGUCAGUACGUGCUGGGCAUAGGGGACAGACACUUGUCCAACUUUAUGGUCAACCUCAAGACUGGACACAUGAUUGGCAUUGAUUUUGGACAUUCAUUUGGCAGUGCCACACAGUUCCUGCCUGUACCUGAACUGAUCCCCUUCCGCCUGACCAGGCAACUGACCAACCUGAACCUGCCACUGCAUGUCAAAGGACAGAUGGAGAGUGCCAUGAGGCACGUCCUGCGAGCCCUGAGGUUGAACUCUGACCUUCUUCUCAGCACCAUGGAUGUCUUCGUUAAGGAACCCAACCUGGACUGGCUGAACUUUGCUGAAAAACAGAUGCAAGAGAACAAGGAACCAGCAGAAGCUGAGUCAGAUGACCAGUGGUAUCCCAAGCAAAAGAUACAGUUUGCUCAGCGCAAGUUGAAGGGAGAUCAUCCUUGCUACAUUAUGCAAGAUGAGUUAAAUUUGGGCCAUUCAAGAAGGGCAGCCUACAAGUAUAUGCUAAAAGUUUUGAUGGGGGACAAGCAAGACAACCUGAGAGCAAAGUUACCUCCCCAUGAUCUUUCUGUGGAAGACCAGGUGGCAGCACUGAUAGACCAGGCCACAGACCCCAACAUUCUAGGGCGUACCUGGAUGGGCUGGGAGCCAUGGUUUUAGGUCACGCACCAUUUUAGGUCACACACCAACAGUUUAGGUCACGCACCACCAUUU